AUGCCAACAAUUAAAGUUGGUUUAAAAGACAAAAAAAGCAAGAAAAACGAAGCUCUCAAUGAUGUUUGUGAUGAUAAGAUAUCAAAAUUAUCUCAUAGAUUAGUAUUCAAGCAAUCUCAAGAAUGUAAAGGCUUAUCGGCACAUCAUCAAGGAUCGAAUGGUACAAAUAAUGAACAGACAGUUGCAUCUUUCAGCGAUAAAUCUGAAAGGCAGAGUUUAGCUUUUGCUGUUUCGCAAGAAUUACUUGAGCAGUUACUAUCAAAACUUGCACAUCGUUUAAAUCAUUGUUUAAAGCGGAUCUAG